AUGUCGUCGCCAUCGUCUACGGCUUCCGCAAAGCGAAAAAGGAUGGUCGCCCUGACCGACCUCCAACAGCCAUCGUCACGCGACGCUUCAGGCGAAGAAUUGGCCGAUUCUCCCUCGCACAACCUGCGAAACCGAAAGCAUGCGUCCAGCAAUUCCAUCGACGGCGCCGUGCCACCUAGCAAGCGAGCCCGUACGCGGUCCAACGCCAAACCUGUCGAGCCCAAUGGAGCGCCUGAAAAAGAUCUGGUCAAUAAGGAAGACCCCGGCGAGCCUUCAAGCACUACUGUGGAUAGUGAAGAGGUCGAGGAAACGGCAAGGAAAAGGCAAAGGACCGUUGCAAGUGCCGUGAGAAAAGCAAUUGUCAACGAGGACCGGGGCACAAUGGAGGACGUGCCAAAAGCCGGCUUGAGAGACCCCUUUGGUUACACGACCAAUCCGCCACCGGUGGGUAGGCCGGUGAGGGUCUAUGCCGACGGAGUGUUUGAUCUGUUCCACCUUGGCCACAUGCGCCAGCUUGAACAGGCGAAGACCGCAUUCCCCGACACCUACCUAAUAGUCGGAGUUACGGGGGACGCGGAGACACACAAGCGUAAAGGUCUGACCGUGCUCACAGGUGCAGAAAGAGCAGAGACACUUCGCCAUUGCAGAUGGGUCGACGAGGUCAUUCCCAACUGCCCUUGGAUUGUGACACCAGAGUUCCUGAAAAAGCACAAGAUCGACUAUGUCGCCCACGACGACGAACCCUAUGGCGCCGACGAAGGGGAUGACAUUUAUGCACCUAUCAAAAAGGAGGGCAAGUUCCUCGUCACGCAGAGAACCGAGGGAGUCUCGACAACUGGAAUCAUUACGAAGAUUGUCCGAGACUAUGAAAAGUAUAUCGUUCGCCAACUCAAGAGAGGAACCAGCCGCCAGGAGCUGAACAUCAGCUGGCUCAAGAAAAAUGAACUCGAUCUCAAGAGACACAUGCAAGAGUUGAGGGAUAGUGUGAAGUCAAACUGGGUUACCGCCGGAGGAGAGAUCUCACGGGACCUGCGAUCGUUCUGGAUGAACGCCAACUCGAGACCCGCGAGUCCAGCUCCGUUUAACAGACAAAUGAGUGACGGAGCUCUCAAAAGUCCCAUCAGCGGCGGCAUGACUACCGUCGAACAGUUGAAGCAGUUGGAGACGAUCAACCCAGAGAAGAGAAAUGACUCUCCUGGCAGGCUCAGUAGGAGCGAGGACUUUGCCGCGGGCUAUAGCUUGGGCUUGAUCGGCGGUGUGAAAUCAUGGAUGAUGCGAGGCAAACGAGCUUUGCGCGACAGCCAGCCACCUAGCCCGGAAGGAAGCGAGGAUGAUGAAGCCAGAAGCCCCAUCAGCAAUGACGGAGAGACUGACACGAUCGGGCUGAAGACGCCUCCCUUGGGCUCGAUUCGGGGUAGAAAGGGCAAGAAUGCUAAGAGCGACAUUGAAGGAUUCAAGCGAGAAGCUAUGGACGUGAUGCAUUGA